CUGGAACUUCUGUCGCGAUGUUGAGCAAGUUUUUUCCGCGCAUCAAGGCCCUGCCACUGACGGAGCGAAUACAAUCCCGCGAUGCCUUUGUGUACUUGGAUCGAUAUCAGAAGAUUUUCGGCUGGGCAGCGACCGACGAUAAAAAGUGGAGAGUUCCCUACACCUUAUGGGGAAUUAGCAUCAAUUCGCUGCUGAUCUUUCUCCUCCCAAUCUCGAUGCUGGUUUCGUACAUCCAAAUGUUCAAGAGCUUCACGGCGGGAGAGUUUCUCAGCUCCCUGCAGAUCACGGUGAAUAUGUACGGAUGUGUUUUGAAGUGCCUGUACACCAUUUGGGGCUACGAGGGAUUUCUGGCAGCCAGACAGGUGCUGGACCACCUGGAUCUGCGCUGCACCAGCGAUGAGGAGCGCUCCAGCGUGCACCGCUGCGUGGCCCAGGGCAACAUGUGCUUCGUGUUCUACCACAUUCUGUUCUCGGGAUUUGUGGUCGGUAAUUGGACCACCUACAUCUUCAUGGGCAGGCACGCCUGGCUGAUGUACCUCCCGGGUCUGGACGCUGAACGGAACUAUUUCACAUCCAGUUUGUGUGAGCUUUUGCUCAUGGGCGGCGUUGUCACCAUGGAACAGUGCACGGAUGUCUCUCCGCUGGCACACAUGCUGAUGGCUCGCUGUCACAUUAAUCUGCUCAAAAAUCGAUUGAGUAGGCUGCGUUCCGAUCCGAACAAGAAUGAGGAGCAACAUCAUGAGGAGCUGCGAAAAUGCAUCCAAGAUCAUCGCUUGGUUCUAGACUACGUGAAUAAACUGCGGCCCAUCUUCUCGGGCACCAUCUUCGUGCAGUUCCUCCUGAUUGGCAUAGUUCUGGGCCUGUCCUUGAUUAAUAUCAUGUUCUUUUCCACCUUCUGGACGGCUCUUGCCACCGUGUGCUUCAUGUUCGACGUUUGCCUGCAAACCUUUCCCUUCUGCUAUGUGUGCAACCUGAUCAUCGAGGACUGUCGCGAGCUGUCGGAGCAUCUCUUCCAAUCGAAUUGGCUGGCCGCCAGUCGCAAGUACAAGUCCACUUUGAUCUACUUCCUGCAUAAUCUACAGCAGCCCAUUGUACUCACGGCGGGUGGAGUUUUUCCCAUUUGCAUGCAGACGAAUUUAUCGAUGGUAAAGCUGGCCUUUUCUGUGGUCACUCUCAUAAGACAAUUUAAUCUGGCGGAGAAGUUUCAGUGA